AUGGACGAGAACGGAUUGAUGCGCGUAGGCGGGCAGCUUCGAAAGGCCAUUAGUCCUUCGAUAAAGAGACAUCCGAUUUUGCUCGCCUCUCAUCCGCUUGUCGCUCUUCUCAUCGAUCACGCGCACAUUCGAUCUCUUCACGCCGGGGUGCAGUUAACGCUGAGUGUCGUUCGGCGCGAUUUCUGGGUGCUUCGCGCGCGAAGCAUCGUCAAGGCAGCGAUCCAUCGGUGCAUCGUCUGCACACGCGAACGUGCCGCCGCUCCGAUUCAGAAGAUGGGCGAUCUCCCGACCGUUCGCAUCACUGCCCCGCCUCGCAGUUUCGCGCAUAGCGGAGUCGACUAUGCUGGCCCGAUCGUCAUCCGCGCAUCAGCCGGCCGAGGAAGCAAAUCUCAUAAAGCUUAUAUUGCCUUAUUCGUUUGUCUAGCUUCGCGCGCUAUACACCUCGAACUCGUUUCCGAUUACUUAACCGGUUCGUUUCUCAACGCGUUCGAUCGCUUCUGUGCCCGCCGCGGACUUCCGCAAUCUCUCUACAGCGAUAACGGAACCACCUUCGUCGGCGCUAAUCGGGACUUGAAGGCCGCGUACCAAACCGCUGUCCGCGAGCCUAAUUUCCAAAACAAGAUCGCCACAGACAAUAUCUCGUGGCACUUUAUCCCACCAAGCGCUCCGCACUUCGGUGGUAUCUGGGAAGCGGGAGUGCGAAGCCUCAAAUUUCAUUUGCGACGCGUUCUGAGCUCUCAUACUCUAACGUUCGAGGAGUUCACCACUCUCCUCUGUCGAAUCGAAGCGUGUUUAAAUUCGCGUCCGAUCGCACCCUUAUCGGAUAACCUCGACGACUUCGACUGCCUUACGCCGGGUCAUUUUUUGAUCGGGUCCUCGCUGACUACGAGUCCCGAGUCGUCUCUCUUACACGUCAGCGAAAACCGUCUAUCCCGUUGGCAACAGAUUCGACAUCUAACAGAAAAAUUCUGGAAAUUGUGGUAUUCCGACUAUGUCAAUACCCUCCAGCAACGAAGCAAGUGGCGAGCCAAGGCACCAAAUAUUCGAAUCGGCCAGCUCGUGCUUCUCAAGAAUGUCAAUCUGCCGCCUUGUAAAUGGGAGCUCGCGCGAGUAGUUAAAACUCAUCCCGGAGCUGACGGAUUAACGCGCGUCGUCACUGUGCGAACGGCUACUUCAGAAUUUACACGGCCCCUCAAUAAAGUGUGCGUGCUCCCAAUCGAGUCCGAUGCGAGCCCCGCCUAA